AUGAAAGUGAUCUGUGUGUUCCUAAUCACGGUGGCUUUAUGUCACGCCGCGCCUGGUACGAGUAACGACGAUGGAAAAAUUGAAAUAUUUUCAGGGGUUGCCAUCGAAAAGGAUGCGUCAGGUGAAGAUAAACUGAACGUAAAAUUUGAACCUGGAGAGUUGAAGGAAGCUGCAAGAACAUUUGAAGAAGCUCGUGGUAAGAUCAAGAAAUAUGCACCAUUAUUAGCUGGUAUAGGUGUGAAAGUGGUAGCAGUUGUGGGUCUGCUCUUCGGUGCUCUAACCCUCCUGGUGACGAAGGCACUUGUCGUAGCGAAGCUGGCGCUCCUCGCUGCCGCAGCACUGGGAAUCCAUAAAUACUUAAGUGGUGGCAGUUUUAACAAUAUUAGCAAGGCAUCAGGGUUCCCAGCAACCGCCCAACAGUGGACUGCGCCAUCAGCUUCUGCAGCAACAUAUCCUUAUGCAAGGUCGGUUAACGGACAAGAAGCAAACGACUUAGCAUAUAAAGCGCAAAUACCGUCAUAA